AUGAAUCGCGCUACUCUCCCCCCUCUGAUUGGUCGGCAACACGUUCUCCUACGCAGGCCUCCAUCCAAUCAGAACAACGCAAAGUUCUGCUGCGGAAGAAGGAUGCGAAGGAGAUGGCCGAAGUUAGAUAACCCAGCGGGUGGAAAUAUACACAUGUAUAUUUGUAUGAAAAAUGGUCACGGACGUUAAAAUGAUGGGAGUGAGGACCAGGGGGCCGCUGCUUGGCCUGGUGGUGGUCUUUCUGUGGUGCCUAGGCUCCGUGCGCUGUUUCGGACAGAGCCAAGACAGCGAGUUCACCUUUUUGCUACCAGCCGGAAGAUCCGAGUGUUUCUUUCAGUCAGCAAUAAAGAACGGUACGAUGGAGGUCGAGUAUCAGGUGAUAGCAGGUGCCGGCAUGGACGUGGACUUCACCGUCUCUUCCCCGAAAGGCGUCCAGCUCGUCAGCGAGUCUCGCCGCUCCGACGGAGUCCACGUGGUGGAGCCCACAGAGGAGGGGGACUACGAAAUCUGCUUUGACAACAGCUUCAGUCGCUUCUCGGAGAAGAUGGUGUUCUUCGAGAUCAUCAUCGAGGGGCAGGGGGGGGACGUGGGGGGAGACGAGGAGUGGCCCGGGUUGGAGGAGCCCGACGGAAGCAUGCUGGAAUACAAGCUGGAAGACAUCAGGGAGUCCAUGGACUCCCUGCACCGGCGCCUGGAGCGCAGCCGGCAGAUGCAGACGGUGCUGCGGGCGUUUGAGGCGCGGGACCGGAACCUCCUGGAGGAUAACCUGUGGAGGGUCUCCUUCUGGUCCUGCGCCAGCGUGCUGGUGAUGCUGUGCGUGGCCCUCACUCAGGUCUACACGGUGCGUAAGCUGUUUGAAGAUAAGCGGAGGGUCUGCACGUAGAGAGGAGGAUCCAGCCGCCAACACCUCCAGAGCAAAAAAGGGAAUGUUGGUGGGUCGCAAAGGGCCACCUAACGCCGGUUAAUUUCAUUUCAUUUAGUGCCUUCAACGUCAGAUCUUACCACAAAACAAUGGGGAAGUGCACUAUGCUGCGCCACGCCUCUGGAACUGGCUAAUGGUGACGGCUUUUUAAUCACAGGAGCAGAACGUUAGGUAAAGGUGGAAGGCUGAUGUGUAAGACGACGCCGGUCUGCUGGUUUACAAGUGGCGACAAUGUGCAAUAGCGUUAUCGGCGUGCUUUUUGUGAUCUCCACCCAGUAAGACUCAGCUGUGAAAUCAGUGGUUGAAGUGUCUCAUUGGUUACAGACUUGUUGACGAUGACAUUUUUAGUUUUUGCUCCAAUUUAUUUUUAUUUUUUAGAGGGUACCAAUUCCUGCUCAUGUGCCAGUAUGUGUCCACGCUGAGGUUUUUUACGGUUAAUGUUGCAAAAUAAACGAGAGGGACCAGCGUGAUUGCCAGUAGUUUGUACACAUCAGCUUCCUUCCAAGACACGUGUCGAUAUCUGUUUUUACUGACGCUGCGUUUUAGGUCAUGUCUUGCUUUUUUUCCUGGCUGUAUUUUCAUGAGUCAGAAGAAUAUGAGUUGUUUUUAUUUGUUUUUUUUACUCUCCUCAUUUUCUUUUUUUCAUUUUUAAGUAAAGAAACAUUCUGUAAAACAAACAAAAAAAAUAUCAGGUUCUACUCGGCUUAACUCUCGACAAUGAUAUAAAGAUGUUUUUUCACGUAGGAAGUGCUUUGAUACAUUUUAUGAUAUAAACAUGUAGUUAUGAGUUAAAUCUAAACCUGAUGAGAUGAUCUUGGUUUUUCAUCUUUGUGCUCAUACAACUUUGGAGGGGGAAAAAGUUGUGUGGAACUACGGCGCUGUCACAAUUAAUGCUCCCUAAUGGUGUUAAGACAAAAAAUAAAUCAAUUACACAAACGGUAUUUUUUACUCAAGCUUGUCCCUGCAUUGACCCCAGACCAGUUAUAAGAGCCAUGAGAUGUACAGGUGUGUUCUGAAUCAGGAAGCCAGAAGAAAAAUAAAACCAAUAGCCAAACUAUUGUGCGAAUGCCUUUAUUCCAUAAUUAACAAGUCACACAUUUGGCAGAGUUGUUAUUUCUUACAGUUGCCUCUCAGGUGAGGGUUCUCAGUAGUGUUCACAUGUUGUAAAUGAGUAAUAAAGCACGAGGCUACACUAGUGUGUGGAAAGUUACCUGGUAUUAUUGCUUUCAGUUUAACGUGAUAGACGGAGGCGAACCCAUCUCUCACACACACCCACACAUAAUGUUGGUUUUGACACAGCCACUGUCGUGGUCUCGACCUUUUUGUUUUGUCAGGGCCAAGAAAUGCAACAGCUUUCAACCACAGAAAGCCGGUUUGUUUCAAGUGCCCUCAAGGGGCGCAGAGCCCCGCUGCCUGAGCCAAUGAGAGGCUUCACCUGAGGGCUCCUCACCACUGGCCGGGACGGGAAGGGACUUGUGGUGGUCGCCUGCGUGAGAGGGGCCGUAAAAAUUUCCAGUUAGUCUCCGAUCCCGCAGAAAGGGGGAAAAAAACAAAAAACCCAGCUUUCCAUCGCUUUUCUCCAUCCCGUCGACUGCGAAAAGCCCUAAAAACGACUAGCGCAGUCAAUGGCGCGCGUUGCCACUGGCAACCACUGUUACCAUGGUGACCACGGCUCCAUCCGAGAGUGAGUAAUGAAAGUCUUGCAAGGCUGCACACAGAGCAGAGGAGGGUUUCUGUGUGCGAGGAGCGGUUUGCAUCUCUCUGACAUGCAAACCUGGAGGUCUUCAUCUGAACGCGCUGGUGAAAAAGGCCUCAGAAAAGAAGGAAACUGAGAAAUGAAGGAAAGUAUCGAUAGCAGAAAAAAAAAGCACCAGCCACCACGCCUCCUCCUUUCCAUUCUUUUAUUCACUCUUACACCUUUUUUUCCCCCCCUCCUCUCGUUAUGGCUGUCAUUUCUGAUGUCAUUUUCAAAGGAAUCCACAUAAGAUGCAGAAAAUGAGCAGGUAUGGGAAGUAACUGUCAGAGGAUGAUUGACGGAGUAAAGUUGUUCUCAACAACAGCUUUUUUGUGGUUGUGUUAGUCACACCGGGGAGCCAGCUACAUCCACUGACCUGUGCUUACUCAAAACAGAGAAAUCGUACAACACGACCGUAGCAUGCUGCAGUAAAGUGAAAACAAGCUUAGUAAUCAGCAAAAAAAAAACAUUUAAGCAAACAAAUUUCAUUGGUCAGUCUCGGUUUAAGAUGCCUAUUUGAAGCUAAUAAAAUGGAAAACUGCGUUGAUUUUAUGAAAAAGUGCCGCUUUCUCAUUGAGGUGCUGAGUGUGGAAAUUUACUGACGAAAUGUAAGCAAAGAUACACUGAACGGAAGUUAUUGAUUUUUUUUUCGCGUAAAAAAAAAAGGAAAUUCAUUUAAUUCCAUUCAAAUGACAACACUGAGGAUGACUACUGGGUUUAUAUUCCUAACUAAAAUGUCAUCUCUAUCCCUUUUUCAGAAUACCGAGUCAUCAUGUAGUUGUUAAAAAUAUCUACACAUUUAAAGGCAGUUGCAUACAAAAUGCUUCAGCAUCAGAUCACCAGAUACAGUAGUCUGUAGUUACAACAUGAAACAAAGUCUAGUUGCUAUUUGUUCUGCUUGAGAGGAAUAUAGAUGUGUAAACUGUAAACUGAGUCUGUAUGACCAGAAUAGAACAAAACACAGGGUUUUUUGUGUGUUUUUUUUAGUCAAGCAGGGAGGGCUCUGAAGGACGGAUGACGGUGGGUCUGUUGGGGGCAGCCGGGGGUCUUCUGGGAAUGCCCGGGGGCAGAGCUGGGGGCACGCGGGCCGGCCUGGACGGAACCAGAGGCACAGCAGCAGCAGAGUUGGGGUCCGCUCCGAAGGCCGGCGGCGGGCCGGGCCUGGACGGCACGGGGGGCGCCCCGAAGGCCG